AGUGCAACAACAAAAACAAACGCAGUUCUGCAGUCUGUGUUGCGAGAGAAAUAAUGCUCUUUCCUGUGGUGCAUCUGGUGCUGGUGAUUUGAAAAACAUGUGCACCGAGCGAUGCAACAAUUGCUUCUCCCGAUGGCGCAUCUGGAUACGCCCUCUGCUCAUUGUUUGCUACACACUGUUCGCGAUAAUUGUUGUGCCCCUGCUUAUCGUCAACUCCGUCAAGGAUGGCUUCACCAGGAAGGACCAGCUCAUCCUCAUUGGCGGGCUGUUUGUCCUCACAGCACUGCCCAUAUCGUUCUGGCACAUCACACAGCACAUGAUCAACUACACGAAGCCCAUCCUCCAGAAGCACAUUGUGAGGAUCCUGUGGAUGGUCCCCAUUUACGCGCUGAAUGCGCUUCUGGGCUUGCUCUUUCCCGCCCAUGUCAUCUACAUGGACAGUAUCCGCGAAUGCUACGAAGCGUACGUGAUCUACAACUUCAUGGUGUAUCUGCUGAACUACUUGAAUCUCGAAAUGGAUCUGGAGGCGAACAUGCAGCUGAAGCCCUCGGUGAAGCAUCUCUUUCCGCUCUGCUGGAUGCGCCCUUGGGAAAUGGGAACGGAGUUUAUCCACAACUGCAAACACGGAAUUCUUCAGUACACCGUCAUUCGUCCCAUAACAACCUUCGUGUCAGUGGCCUGUGAACUGGGUGGCGUCUACGGCGAGGGGUUGUUUAGCGCCAAUGUCGCCUAUCCCUACAUCCUGGUCGUGAACAAUCUAUCCCAGUUCUGUGCAAUGUACUGCCUCGUGCUCUUUUACCAGGCCAACAAAGUGGAGCUGCAGCCGAUGCGACCGCUGCCCAAGUUCCUCUGCAUCAAGGCCGUGGUGUUCUUCUCCUUCUUCCAGGGCGUCAUAAUCAAUUUCCUCGUGUACUUCGGUGUCAUCAGCAACAUCUUUGGCUCUGACGAGCACGACAGCUACCAGGAUCUGUCGGCGAAGCUGCAGAACUUUCUCAUCUGCAUUGAGAUGUUCCUGGCCGCCAUUGCGCACCAGUACAGCUUUCCGCACGAUCCCUUCCACAUCAACAUUCCACACUUCAACAGCGACCGCAACUGGAUGACCGCCAUCACGUCCAUGCUGGACUUCUCGGAUGUGCAGCAGGACGUGAGUGAGCACUUGGGAGUGGUGGGAAGCUCCCUGAGUCGUCGGCUGCGCGGCAGGACAUCGUAUCAGAUGGCGCGCGGCACCACUGAGCACGAUUAUCUCAUCUCCACGGGCGUCAAUCCGCCCGAGGGCCCAUCGACCACCUACUACCAGAGCGGCAUGAGGAAUGUGGCCAACAUCACGUCCAUAUCAUCGACCACGGGACAUGGGCAGAAGCAGGGAUACGGCGCCAUAGACUCCACAUUCGCCAAACCAAUUGCGCAGCCCACGAAGCCCACGUCGCCCCAUCGCGGAGCGCCAGGCAACGAUAAUCCCUUCAACGAUGCCUCCGAAAAUCUCCUCACAGUGUCCUCCAGGACAAACUCGAAGAGCGACACGAGUUCCACGAAUGUGGGUGGAAUUCCCAAAUCAGACAGCGGCGCCAGUGACUGGCUGAGCACGCCCACGGAGGAGUUUGCGGGCAUCGACAUUAAGGGCUUGGAAAAUGACAGAAUUCAUCUGAAUGAGUGAAGUGCGCUAGGGUUUAUCGAUUAAGAAAAGAGAAUUGUUCAAACAAUUUAUGUAUGACUGAUGCAACUGUUCCAGAGAUAUUUAUCCAAAAAUAUAAGAAAUCCGUGAUAAGCCAGGAAUGCUUAUGUUCGCUUAUGUUGUGUGUUAA